UGUUUAUUUCACUUAUUUUCAAUUUUAGUUCUCUAAUCUAAUGUCUCGAGAUACUUGUUAGCUUUUGCCAUAAAAUUAUACUUGAGAAAAUAGUACUGAAGAUUAUGAAACUACAUACCCAUAAUACUACAGUAUAAUUUCACCAAUUUUUUUUAUUUUAUUUUUCUUAUACAUGAAUGUGAAAUUAUAAAUGGAAUAAGCAUCAAGAGGCCAGUGGAGUAAUUCUUAAGGUUUAUCAAUCUUAUUCAUGUCAUAAUGGUGACAGGUCAAUCAAUUUGACUCUAUCUUUUUGUUUAGUCAUAUUAACAUCUAUACAUAAGAUAGAUUCAAGAAAAAAUAGUUAGAAAAAAGAUUAGUAGUAAUUUUAUUUAAUAAGUUUAGAUUGGUUAAAAAAGUUAAAUAAGAUAAAUAGAAUGCACCUUAAAUCUCAGCUACUCGUAGAAUUAACUUAUGUGUAACCGAUAACCUGAAUUGACCCCUCUUUGGUAUCCGCUUGUGUGCUUUUAGAGGGAAAAAAAAGAACAACCUAGAGCUACUAGGGUUUACUUAGACUUUAUCAAUAGAACUCAACACAACAUUACUGAAGCCCGUUAGCCAUCUGUGUUCAAUCUAGCAGGAAAGCCCACUUACCAAUUGAACUGAAAGUUGAACAAGAACCAGUUAUAGCCUAUAAUGGAGUUCCUCGUUUCAGAACUUCACUCGCUGAUUUGACAUUUCUGCCGCCCAUCAAUCCACCCACCUGACCUCCCAAUCUCCGCCGCUACUUUUGCUAGCGGCGCAACCUUCUUCUACUAACUUCCCCACCUUUUCUCUCCUCCUACAUUGCUGGGGUUCGUUUACUUCCCAGAUUAAAGCUUGGUUUAAGGGGUGAAUAGUGGAUAGCUUGUUUGUUGAAAUUGAAAGGAAAGAGAAAAGCUUAAGUAAAAGAAAGAGAAACAACUUUGGCUGAACUGUGUCGAGGCUUCAAUCGACAUGGUUUUGAUCCCAGUGGGUAGUGUUAUUGCGUUCCACAUAGAGUUGAAUGCAUGAUAUGAUUUGCAGUUUUGGCAAACACCGAUCUGUCUAUAGAGCUCUUAUAUCAAGAUUUGUUAAAGCGGGGCUUAUAAAUCAAGCGAUUGAAACUUUUGACGAGAUGAUUUCUUCAAACUGUCGAGUGUUUAGUAUAGAUUACAAUCGAUUUAUUGGGGUUCUAAUUAAACAAUCCCGUCUUGACUUAGCCGAGCAUUAUUACCACACACUAAUCCCACAAGGGUUUUCAUUGAUUUCUUUUACAUAUUCGAGAUUUAUAUGUGCUUUGUGUGAGGUGAAGAAUUAUCAGCUCAUUGAGUAUCUGUUGGAGGAUAUGGAAAAGCUUGGAUCUGUGCCGGACAUAUGGGCAUACAAUAUAUAUUUACAUUUGUUGUGCCAGGAAAAUAAAAUAGACUCGGCUUUAAGCUUAUUACGGGAUAUGAUGCAGAAGGGCAGACAACCUGAUGCUGUAACUUUUACUAUACUUAUUAGUGGAUUGUGUAAAGUAGGGCAAUUUGACAAUGCUGUUGAGAUUUGGCAUACUAUGAUAAAGAUUGGAUUGAAUCCAGAUGACAAAGCUUGUAGAACUUUGGUUCUUGGUUUAUGUGGUGGUGGUAAAGUUGAUUUAGCUUACGAGCUUAUAGUAGAUAUGAUGAAAUGCGGAGCACCUACAAGUAUACUGGUUUAUAAUGCCCUUAUCAGUGGGUUUUGUAAGGUUGACCAGAUCAGUAAAGCACUCACUAUCAAAUCAUACAUGAAGAGGAAUGGAUGUGAGCCAGAUCAGGUCACAUAUAAUAUACUGUUGGGUUAUUGUUGUGAUCAGCUUAUGCUGACGGAGGCUGAGAAACUGAUGGAAAAGAUGGAAAAGAAUGGACUUGAACCUGAUAUAUACAGCUACAACCAAUUUCUGAAGGGUCUUUGUAAAGCUAAGCGCCUGGACAAGGCGUAUUUGUUGCUUGAUGUCAUGGAAGUGAAAGGAUUAUGUGAUGUUGUCUCUUAUAAUACUAUUAUCGAGGGACUAUGCAGUGGCCAACACACGAAAAGGGCUUACAAGCUAUUUGAGGAAAUGUUCCGGAAAGGUAUCACCCCUGAUACUAUGACAUUUACCAUCCUCAUAAAAACUUUUCUUAGGGAAGGAAGUUCCAACAUUGCCAAGAGUCUUCUUGAUCAAAUGACAGGAAUGGGAAUUUUUCCUGAUUGUGUUUUGUAUACCAUAAUUAUUAAUCACCUUUGUAAGACGGGCAGAAUUGAUGCGGGUCAAAGUGUUUUCAAUGACAUGGUCGAGAAUGGGACAACUCCAGAUGUAGUUUCAUACAAUGCUCUUAUAACUGGGCUGUGUAAAGUUUCUAGAAUGAACGAGGCUAUGAGUUUGUAUCACAAUAUGCAAAAGGCAGGACCCUGUCCUGAUGAGGUCACGUUUAAAUUGUUAAUUACAGGGCUGAUACGGAAGAACAAGAUUUCGGUGGCUUGUAGCUUGUGGGAUCAGAUGAUGGAGAAGGGAUUUACUCUGGAUAGAUCAAUCUCUGAAAAACUAAUUAAUGCACUCCAUUCAAAAGACAGUUCAUAGUUAAGCAAGGCAUUAUUUGAUCCUGUUGGUGAGGCGCUAACUAGUUGUGUCCUCAAUUGAUGGCUAUGGAUUCCAUGAGUUCUGGGCCAGGAACACUUCAAAAUCUGCUUAUAAUUAAUUUUGGCACAGAGAGAUGUUGCAGUUACUUGUAUCUUGUUUGAUUCAGCAUCAGCAACUUGCAACCUUAGUAUGAGAUGUUUGUACGGGCUUUUGAUUUGUCAGAGAACGUACAUCAAACAAAAUAAGACAGCAAUGGUUUCAUUGGUUUUUGCACUGAGGUUCAAGUCAAAUUUAGUAGCAAAGGGAACUAUGCUUGAAGAGAGGGACAACCUACAUCAUUGCAGCCAGUAGCUAUGAAUGCUGGAUUAGGAAUGCACCCUGACGAAGUGUAUUUGGAGGUAGUUGGUGACCAGGAGGACCUGGUGUGACUGUCUGGGGACUGCUGCCAAUAUGCUCUAUAAGCCGUCUAGCACCAAUUCAUCCAAGUCCAGCAGCUCAUUUAACUCAAAGAAGGCGGUAGGAUUCUAGAGGAUAGCCAAAGAGUAGUGGUGGAAAGCCGUAGAAUGGCUACAGGCCUACGGUUACACACACAUAAGUGAAGAGGGAAAUGUACGGAUGGAUGAAGGAGGGAGAUGAGUAUUUGGGAUGCAAUGUUGUUGGAGUUUUGGUAGUCAUUCAGUGGUGCUUGUGGUACUUCUUUCUUCUCAAGUCAGUUUCAUGAUCUACACCAGCCAUUGGCUGGAGCCUGUAGGUGCCGCCCACGUUCUGUUCUUAUCUUUAUAUUUCAGUGCUAAGAUAUUUAAAAUCUUGCUGUGAGAAUCGGCAUUGUCAAUAACUGUACAGCUUUGUGUCUUGUAGAGUUGUAAUGGUAUUUAAAAUUGGUAUGUUAGAAAAAGUGAAGAGUCGAAAUAACAUAGACCACAUUAUUCUUUUAUUCAGUGUUUUUUAAUUAUAACUUUUGCUGACGGCCUUUUCUGGUCAAUAAAUUUUUGAGAAAAUUAGUUCUCAGAUUAAGUUACGAUAAAGUGAAAUGGUAUCCAAAA